AUGCAUGCAUUCACCUUCACUAUACUCUAUCUUCUAGCUGAGCUAAGUGAUUCGUAUCCAGAUGACGUCGUCUGCUAUCGGAAUUGGUACUUGGACAAUCCACGACCAGCACCAAGGCGUUGCCCUCCGUCAGACUUUUUCUCGUACUAUGAAUGCUGUGGCAGUUCCGAUGCUUGCUGCCGACGAAUACGAGUUGAACUGCUGUGA